GAGCCUCGGAACCCAGGGAGAGGUCUGCAGGCAUCCAGAUGGGAGCUGGAAGGGCGGGACAGGGCCCUUGGCAGGGGGAUACAGGAAAUAUUUUGGAGAAGUUCUCUCUAGGACUUGGUAACAGGUUGAGAGCGGCCACUUGGCCGGGGGCACCGGCUUCGGAGGCGGGAGGGAGGUGGAGGAAGGGAAGGCAGCUGCAGGGCCGACCUGCGGGGUGGGCGUGGGGGGUGGCUGGGGGCGUGAGGCCGGGGGCUCAGGGCCUCAGGGGUUCGGCCUGGAGGAGCGGCGUGGGCGCGCCGGGGCCCCGAUUCCUCCUGGGCGGGUCGGCUCCGCAGCCGCUGCGCUCGGAACCCCCUAGGCGCCCCGCAGUACCCGGCGUCCUUCCUGCCUCCUCCUCGCCCCUGUCCUCCGUCCGAGCCCCAGUCCCGCCGACUCUGCCGGCGCCUCCGCCCUCGGCUUCCCACGACCUUGGCGAGACGCGCGCGGGAUCCAGUGGAGACUGCUUUCCCACAGGCCGCCGUCCAGGGCGGGGAAGGGAGCGGACCCUCCUGGCUCUAGGUGCCUGGGCCCCCGGCGGCCUGCGGAGGCCUCGCCCCACGCCACCCGCCCACUGGCCUCGUCUUCGCGCGGGGGUGAGGGCAAAGGAGGCACUCGUCCCAUCGCCAGCCCGGGUCCCCUUCCCGCCAGUCGCUAUCCGAGAAUUUGCCCCGUGCCCCCCAGGCCGCGGGGGUCGGGAGGACCGAGGGGCGGACCCCGCAGAGGGUUGCGACGCCCUCCCUUCCCUCCCCGAGGGAAGCAGCCCCCAGGACCGCCCCUCGCUCCCUGCCCGGGAGGGACUGGGCUUCCCCGAGAAAACCAGCCUGAUUCGGAGGAACGGAUUGCUUGGGGCGGCUCCCAGCUCGAGUUGUGGGCCCCGCCGCGGGUGCCCUUCGGAAACCAGGCGAAGCCGCCUCUGCCCGGACGCAGCCCGACACUUGCCCGCGGGGUUCCCCGGGACGCCUGAGAGUAACGCGCGCGAGGGGGAAAGCCGAACGGCCUCCCUGUGCCCGGCGCAGACGGUGCUCCCUAGCUGGGUUCGCCGCGGCGGCGCUGCCAGCCCCCGACACGCAGGACUUUUGGUCCAACAGCCCGACGGCGCCCGGUGCGCCGUUCCCUCCGCCCUCUCCCCGCUCCCCGGCCCGCGCGUCUUGGAGGGUGGGUGAACUGUCGGAAGCGCUGUAUGCCUGGCCAACCCAAACCAGGAACCUCCGCAUCAAACAGCCCACGUUGCUGCUGCUCUGGGGUUUUAACGGCCAAGGAAGACUGGAGAAGGGGUGUUCUGCCUUCCCAUUCUCUUAGGCCCGGCCACUCCCCAUCCCCACAGUUUGGAAGUGGCCUUUUCUGAGGACUCCAGCCCAAAGCAUGUUUCUCCUUUUGAGCUGCGGAAGCCUUCCUUGUUCCCGCCAUUGGGAGGGCAUUCCAUCAUCUGCGGCUGCGUUCCUCGGUGGGAAUUGUCCCUUAGCGUCCACCUAGAGGACAUUCUAAGCUUCCUGAGACCUGCUUGUCCACCUCAACAUGUCCCAGCAUAUGGCUGUGCCCUAAGGGGUCUUUGAGGGCAUUUUAGGAGGCGAGCGGCGCCCCUACCUGGGCUCCGCGGGGCCGAUUCGGUUUGCCCUUUGCUGGCAUGUCAGUGAAUUAACUACUGUCCUUGGGAUGACCUGUCCUAUGAUUUGGCCUCUGGAGCAUCCCGGGUGUGUAUUUCAGAACUCCUCCCAUCUUACCCACCUGCUGAAGGCCUGUCCCCCUGAUAUGGUUUGGCUCUGUGUCCCCACCCAAAUCUCACCUUGAAUUUUAAUAAUCCCCACGUGUCAUGGGGGGGACCAGGUGGAGGUAAUUGAAUCAUGGAGGUGGUUUCCCGCACGCUGGUCUUGUGACAGUGAGUUCUCACAAGAUCUUUUUUUUUUUUUUUUUUUUAACGUAGUAUCACUCUGUCACUCAGGCUGGAGAGCAGCGGUGCGAUCUCGGCUCACUGCAACCUCUGCCUCCCGGGUUCAAGAGAUUCUCCUGCCUCAGCCUCCCGAGUAGCUGGGACUACAGGUGUGCGCCAUCACGCCCGGCUAAUGUUUUUGUAUUUUUAGUAGAGAUAGGGUUUCACCAUGUUGGUUAGGCUGGUGUCGAACUCCUGACCUUGUGAUCUGCCUGCCUCGGCCUCCCAAAGUGCUGGGAUUACAGGCGUGAGCCACUGCACCCAGCCGAUCUGGUGCUUUUAUAAGGGGCUGCCCCCAUCCCCCUUCCUCUCUCUCUUGCCACCCUGUGAGGAAGGUGCCUUUCUUCCCCCUUCCCCCUUCACGUGAAGGUGCCUUUCUUCCCUCUUCACGUGAACUGCCUCCAUGAUUGUAAGCUUCCUGAGGCCUCCCCAGCUAUAAGGAACUGUGAGCCAAUUAAACUGCUUUAUAAAUUAA